AUGGCAUCUCCUCUCGUCCUGCAUACCUUCAUCUUCGCUACCACCAAGCAGAUGCUAUGCCUGAGGGGCCAGAAAGAGGAUGACAUGUCCCAGCUCGCGGUCCGGGCGCCGUCCAUCCAUCAGACCGAAGCGCUGAACUGCGCCAGAAAUGAAAUCGAAUCAAUGAAUGGACCUCCUUCGGACGGGCUGAUUCUGGCCGUGAUUAUCCUCGCUGUCAACGGGACACGGCCGCAACAGAUCCCACCACAACCUCACCCUCUUUCUCCUCUCGCGAAGACCCAGAGCCUCCAUCUGUUCAGUAUGCUGAAUGUCGUCGAACCGCACGUCAGAGCCGUUGCCCAACUGGUGGCGUUGAAAGGGGGCCUUGAGGCAGUGGACACUUAUGGUGUCCGAGAUACAGUCCUGCUAUCCGACAUCUACUUCUCAUCUAUCCUGGGCAAAAGACCGGCGCAAGUCUGGCCAGUCCCGGUGACGAGCCUUGUCGACGCGGGCCUUCACACUCUGGACGCUAGUGCCGAACGCCUCUCUUCCCAGUUAGGCUCGGGCUUCAACUCAUUCAAGGUCGACAAAGAUCUCCGCAGAGUUCUUCAACUGAUGUGCGAUCUGACUGUCGCUCUCGACCACCAUGUGCGCGGAGGAAUCUAUGCGCCCGAACUGUCGGACAUUGUGUUGCAACGGAAUGCGGUACAGAACAAACUGCUCUGGUUUCAGCCUCCCAUGAACGAUGAUCUCGGCAAGGUGGAUACGUUCAACAACAUCACACACAUAGCGGCGAACAUUUACAGCGACAUGGUCCUUUUCCCCCUGAAUCCAGCUACUGGAAUUAAGCCACGGUUGGCUGGGGAGCUCCGAAGGUGUUUGAAGGCUCCGAUCCUUGAUAUCGAAGAAUACGGACCACCGUCAGAUAUGUUCUUGUGGGUGCUCACCGUUGGUGGGAUCGCAGCUUCUUUCACGAGACACCGGGGCUGGUAUAUCGAAAAGAUAGCAGAGUAUUACGGCGAGUUACUAUGCGACAUAGAUGCUAUGCUCGAGCGCAUGGCCCCGUUCCUAUGGUGGGCGAAUGUGUGCAACCAGCCCGCAAGGCUCCUAUGGGAGCAGUCCCGUGAAGUCUACCAUGAGGAGAAAUCCUUAUCGGCCCAAUACUGA